UCUGGGCUUCGGGCGCUCGCUGGUGGCGGACCCGGAGGCUGCUGCGGCGUGCCGGGGCUCCUUGGCCCGGAUCGAAAUCGAUCCGGAGCCAUGAGUGUGGACAAGGCCGAGCUAUGCGGGUCUCUGCUCACCUGGUUGCAGACGUUCCAGGUUUCGCCCCCCUGUGCCAGUCCCCAGGACCUGAGCAGCGGACUCGCCAUAGCCCAUGUGCUGAAUCAGAUAGACCCUUCCUGGUUCAACGACGAAUGGCUCCAGGGCAUCUCAGAGGACCCAAGUCCCAGCUGGAGGUUGAAGGUCAGAAAGCUGGAGAAGAUCUUACAGAGCCUGGUGGAAUACUCAAAGGAUGUUCUGGGGCACCCUGUGUCAGAUCAGCACCUCCCAGAUGUGAGCCUCAUUGGCGAGUUCUCAAAUCCCGCAGAACUCGGCAAACUGCUUCAGUUGGUACUGGGCUGUGCUAUCAGCUGUGAGAAAAAACAGGGUAUGAGGGGGGCAUCCCUAGACAGCACAACUUUCCCACUCCCUUCUGACUGGAUCCCCAAGUUCUUCAUCUUCCAUAUCCCUUACCCUUCUCAGUCCCGCAGGUAUUAUUUCCUGAGUGAGGAGGUGGAGGAGGGUGAUGAUCUUCAACAACAUUACCUGGAUCUGGAGCGCCAGCUUUUGCUCCUUUCAGAGGAGAAGCAGAAUCUGGCACAAGAGAACGCUGCCCUACGAGAGAGGGUGGGCCGGCCGGAAGUGGAGAGCGCCCCGGGCCUCACUGCUAAGAAGCUGUUGCUCCUGCAGUCACAGCUAGAACAGCUCCAAGAGGAGAAUUUCAGGCUGGAGAGCAGCCGGGAAGAUGAUCGGCUACGCUGCCUGGAACUGGAGCGCGAGGUCGCUGAGCUGCAACAACGGAACCAGGCACUGACCAGUCUGUCCCAGGAGGCACAAGCACUAAAGGAUGAGAUGGAUGAGCUGCGGGGUCCAGGAAAUCCAGCUCAGAAUAGAAUUCUCUGGCAGGUGCAAGAGUUGCAGGGCCAGUGGCAGGAAGAGGCCAUGAAGGCUGAGAAAUGGCUGUUUGAAUGCCGAAACCUAGAGGAAAAGUGUGACCUGGUGACAAAGGAGAAGGAGCGGCUAUUGACUGAGAGGGACUCCUUGAGGGAGGCCAAUGAGGAGCUCCGCUGCGCCCAGCUGCAGCCCAAGGGAUUGGCUCAGGCUGAUCUCUCCCUGGAUCCUACCCCUUCUGGCCUGGAAAACUUAGCAGCAGAGAUCCUGCCUGCAGAGCUCAGAGAGACGCUAGUGCGGCUUCAGCUGGAGAACAAGAGACUGUGCCAACAGGAGGCCUUGGACCGGGAGCGACAGGAGGAACUGCAGCGCCACCUGGAGGAGGCCAACCGUGCACGCCAUGGGCUGGAAGCACAGCAGCGGCUGAACCAGCAGCAGCUGUUGGAGCUGAGGGCUCAGGUGGAAGAGCUGCAGAAGGCCUUGCAGGAGCAGGGGGGCAAGACGGAGGAUCCCACCCUGCUGAAGAGGAAGCUGGAGGAUCACCUGCAGAAGCUGCACGAGGCUGACCUGGAGCUGCAGAGGAAACGAGAAUACAUUGAGGAGUUGGAGCCUCCCACUGACAGCAGCACAGCUCGGCGGAUCGAGGCGCUGCAGGACAGUCUGCAGAAGAAGGAUGCAGACCUGCGGGCCAUGGAGGAACGAUAUCGCCGCUACAUGGACAAGGCACGCACGGUCAUUCAGACCCUGGAACCCAAACAGAGACCACCCACUGGGGUGUCCCCAGAAUUCCAUACCCUGAGGUCACAGCUCUGGGAGCGGAACCUGCGGAUACCGCAGAUGGAGAUGGACUAUGAGAAGAGUCGGAGACGGCAGGAACAAGAGGAAAAGCUGCUUAUUAGUGCCUGGUACAGCAUGGGCAUGGCCUUGGAGCAUCGGACUGGGGAAGAGCACACUCCUGCCCAUGCCCAGUCCUUCCUGGCACAGCAAAGACUGGCCACCAAUGCUCGCCGAGGACACCUGGGGCGCCAGGCUCUGAGCCUCCGCCCCACUGAUAAGCACUGACAAGACCUCAACUUCCUGCUGCCUGCUGGAGUCUUCCCGUUUACUUUUACCCAGCUGGGCCUUUGACCUUGAUUGAGCCUGACUUCUGCCCUUUGCUUCCUUAGAUGGGAGAGAAGGGGACAGGCAGGUAGCAGGUGUGGAACUGUUCCUUUUAGCAAUGUGAUUCUUCUUGAUUCUUCUCCUGGGCCUCAUGUUCUACCUGGGAAGCCUGAUUUUAUAUUUGAAAAGAAUAAAGACUUUAAAUCUGUCAUGAAUGUACUCUCGACACAGUGAUGAGGAAUAAAAACUGUACUAGGGCUA